GACAAUAUGGCAGCUUCCGUAGCGAUUCAACUGGAGUUUGGAGGAGGAGCAGAGCUGCUUUUUAAUGGUGUGAAGGAACAUCAUGUCACUCUUCCAAGCCAAACCGAACCUUGGGACAUGAAGCAGCUGCUGGUCUGGAUCCAACGGAACCUGCUGAAGGAACGGCCCGAGCUCUUUGUCCAGGGAGACUCUGUGAGACCUGGGAUUCUGGUGCUUAUCAAUGAUGCAGACUGGGAGCUAAUGGGGGAACUUGACUAUCAACUACAAGACCAAGACAACAUUGUGUUUAUUUCUACUCUUCAUGGAGGAUAGAAAAUACAAACCUAUCUUUGACAUGCCUGUCACAGACUCAGCCUUUUGCCUCCACAUCUUCUGCACUCUUCACUCUUUUCCCCCUAAACAUCUCAACAAAACAUCACCCCACUGGAUGCUGUGGGACUGUCAGCAUGCACUGUGACGACUGAGGUGAUUGAUGGUGGUGCAGGAAUAAGUGGGGAUACAAAGAUGGAUACCAGGAAAUACGUAGAAAAAGUGGGACGGGAAUUUUGACUUUGGCGUAAAUACCACCACUACCAAUCCUUUUUUUUUUUUUUUUCUUCCCAAACUGCACAGGACCAAGGGGCAGUCAUAUGAAGCCCUGGUUGUUCUGGUCAACUCACAGUUGCGACUGUAAAAACGUACAGUUAUGGCGUAAACCCUCAUCUCCCUGUAACCUCUCUUCCAGCAUGGCUGUAAAAGACAGUGGGACCUUAUCCUGAGGUGGAAGGUGAAGCUCACUAGAACAUACAUUUAAAAAAUAAAGAAACUAUCAUGUCUAGAGCAGCAUAAUUAUCUUUUUUUAUGCUCAUAAAUUGCCCAAUGUUUUUCAUAAAAUCUCAUUUUAUUCUUCUAAUUGUUUUUUUUUAUUUUCAUUAAAAGAUUAAAGAUUAAAAGCUUUUUUUUAAAUUGA